AUGUUGAAAAGACAAACAUUUUCUGAUCGUAAGUAUGAUAAUUUUCAACAUAGAUUAGAUUCGGCACUUUUUGCUUAUAGGAAUACUCCUUCAUCAGUAACGCUAAAAACUCCUGCAGAGUUAAUUUUUGGCUAUUUGCCACAAACUGCUAUUACGAAGGUUAGAAGUAAUCAUUUGUUAAAAGAAAAAAAGUAUCAGGAUUAUCAAAAGUCUUAUUUCAAUCGCAACGCUACUAAAAGACAUUUUGAAAUAAAUGAGAGGGUGUGGGUUAAAUCAACUAGAGGUGAUGUAAUUAAAUGGUUCCCUGGUAAAAUUACUAAAGUUAUAAGCCAGAGUACAUUUUUAGUUAAAGUUAAUAACAAAACACGAUAUGUUCAUUCUGAUCAUCUUAGAAAGUCUGCAAUAGACGAGGAAAAAUUUAGUUUUUCAAAUUUAACUAAUAUGAACCGUGAUGUUAAUGUACCAUCCAUUAGGAAUGCUAUUUUACCUGCAUUAGAUAUUGCUAGCAAACCUAACGAAGAAAAUGCUCAAAAUAAUUGUGCAAAUGAAACAUUACCUAAUGAAGAACCGUCAAUAGUUAAGCCCGAAAAUCCUCCGAAUGCUGAAUCGCAAAAAUCACCGAUACGUUCUACCAGACCAAAGCGAAACGUAAAACCCAUUCAAAGAUAUGGCAUUGAUUCAUGA